AUGGCUGCCAAACGAGCUCGUGAAGAGGAUGAAUCUUCUGAUGCCGGUGCAUCACAUUCAGCAGAUAAUGCUAGGACAUCAAAAAAGGCGAAGCAUGGCUUCCGUGUUGGCCCCGAGAACCUUCCUGACGGUCCUUGGCGCCGGAAAGUGACAAAGAUCAAAAAAGAACUCAUUACAAAGGCCAAGGUCAAAAAGGAAUAUGCCAAAGUCAAGGCCGAAUACCAAAAGAACGCGCCUGCCAAUCCAUUCCCGAUUCCUGCUGAUCCCACCCAGCCCGAGUCAUUCAAGUCCCAAACGGCCGAUCAACAACCCUCCGAUAAUACUCCGCAAAUGCACCCAGAACGCCAAGCUAUGCUAGAAGCUGCAAGCGCCGCAUCUUUCCGUCCAGAAAAUGGGGAUAAGUCGAAAGAGACUACGGGAAAAGACAAGCAAGAAGAGGGAAAACAAGACGGCCCUAAUGACCGGCGUCCCAAGAAGAAGAGGAGGCCAGACUAUUUCAGCAAGGAGCUAGCGGAGGCCGAGAAGGCAAAGAAGGAAGCUGAGGAGCGCGCAGCGGAGAAAAAGCGGCGUGAGGAGGAGAAACAAAAACGCAUUGCCGAGCGCGAGCGGCUCCGCAAGAUGAUGGCUAAGGCCCGGCAGCCUGGGAAAGACGGGAAAAGGAAGCUUGGAAGAGAGAGCGCAGUGCUGCUGGAGAAGGUUAAAAAGUUGAUGGGGAAAGAAUAA